AUCGUUCGUCGCCAUCGAAGUCUUGAAUUCAGAUGAAGUAAACCAUUUUUGUUGUCCCCGACUCUGUCUCUAAUGAGAAUGAAAUUUCUAGAUUGGUACUUGAAGAUUGCGGUUGGAGCUGCUUUGAUUGGAGGUUCCAUGGAGCUGUUCAUGAUCAAAACCGGCUUCUAUGACAAAGUAACUGUUUUGGAGUCAGAGAAGCGGGCUUGGGAAGCUUCACCAGAAGCUCAGGCAGUCAGAUAUGCACUCAAUCCCUGGAGAAAACAUGAAGCUGAAAGAAAAAGUUCAUAAUAUUGACUGAGACUGCUUUUUAUGAGGGAGAAAAUCUGUUCGUACAAAGGAUCAUCUUCGUAGACAGUGUUUCGUAUCAAUCUUCUGAAGCUGCUAAAGUAAUUAUGAGUCCAGAAAAAUGGACAUUCUUUGGUGAACGAGUGAGAUUUCACCUUAAACAUUUUAAAAUAUUGCAAUAUGUUGUAUUUUUUCAUCAUUCUUGGGGACAUGAUGAGCCCUUGCUUAUGUAGAAUAUAUCCAUGGGGCCUUUAUUAUUGGCUACUUUAGUGUAGCUCUAGGACAUGUUCUCAUUUGAAGACAUUUUGGAGAAGUUUUUUAUAAUAAAUAUUUAAAAUUGUUGUUACUAAUAUUCCUCAAC